AUGGAGGAUUUGGUGGAUGAAGCUAAAAGAAAAGGUGAUGAAAUUGAUGAUGAUGUUAAGGUCUGGCUAAGUGAAGUGGAUGGCAAAAUCACUGAAGUUGAAGAAAAAUAUUUUGGAGCGGAAGACACAACGGAGAUGAAGUGUACUUUCAAGGGGUCCUUUUCAUACUUGGCUUCAUGGUAUAAACUAGGUAAAAUGGCCAAGGAGAUGGGAGAGUCCGUUGUUAAACUCAAAGGCAGGAUCAACUUUGGUCACAUUUCGUUCCGUUCGAAACUCCAAAGUCAUUUUGAAAAUAAAGAUUAUCUAAGAUCUGUCACAAGAGAGGAAUUUGUGGAUGAAAUAAUGGAGGAGUUGGGAGAUGCUAAUAUCAAAACAAUUGGAUUGCAUGAAAUGCCUGGUGUAGGCAAAACCACUCUUGUUAAAGAAAUUACUAGAAAGGCCUUAAAAGACGAUCUGAGGUUAUUCAAUGAUGCAGUUAUUGUUACUAUAUCACAAACUCUGGACCUUGAAAAGAUUCAACAACAUAUUGCAGAAAGGCUAGAUCUAGAGUUGAAAAAGAAAUGA